UAUCACUGGGAUCUGCCACAACGUCUGCAAGAGUUGGGCGGCUGGACGAAUCCGGAAAUUAUACCAGUUUUUAAGGAUUACGCCCGCCUUCUAUUCGAAAUGUAUGGCGACCGUAUUAAGAUUUGGACAACAAUCAAUGAACCUUGGCACAUCUGUGAAUUUGGUUAUGGCGUUGAUUACAUGGCACCCUCAUACAAUUACCCUGGCAUUCCCAGCUAUUUGUGUGCGCACAAUUUGCUCAAAGCACACGCUGAGGUGGUGCAUAUGUAUCGUGAGAAAUAUCAAGAUUUACAGAAGGGAAAAAUCGGCUUAACUAUGGACACAUCGUGGAUGGAACCUAAAACCGAUUCGGUGGAUGAUCAAGAAGCAUCUGAACGUGCAUUGCAAUUCUAUUUGGGUUGGUAUGCGCAUCCGAUCUUCUCCAAACGUGGCAAUUACCCACAAGUUAUGAUCGAUCGCAUACAUAAUUUGAGUAAGGAGCAGGGUUUCACACGCUCACGCUUGCCAGAGUUUACAGCAGAUGAGGUGCGUCGUAUACGCGGCACUGCCGAUUUCUUUGGCAUUAAUUCGUACACCAGCAAACGUGUGACAAAGAAUGAUCACAACAACAGCAAUAAUUUUCCAAUACCAUCAUUUAAUCACGAUAUGGGCGUGAUCGAAGAUCAAGAUCCCAACUGGACUGGUUCUGGUUCGGCGUGGUUGAAGCUAUGAGGUUCUUCCAGCGGCAGUGCGAUAUUUAACUAAAUAAAUUGCACAAAAGUGAAAGGU